AGCACACGCGCGGGGAACACUAGGAUACCCUGCUCACGUACGGACCGGUUAGAGACAGUGCUCACCGUCAACUGGGGGGAAGAAAAACUUGUAUUCUUCUCAUUAGACACGUCGGUCUCACGCUUAUACGAGGGAGGCAAGUCUGGCAUCAAAGUAGCAGUGGGAUUAAAUCAUGAUAUUUGUCUGGGACAAACUGUCAGAGUUACACAUUCGAGUGUCUGUGUCGGACAUGAAGGGAGCCUGGUGGAUUUAAAUUCUACAACGUAAGUAAUGUCAUCAUCUAUUGGUUUGUCCCGUUUCUUUAGUCUCAGCCCACUAAAGGGAAUUUUUAUAAUCACUUCAUAGUUUGACAACCCAAAAAAUAGGUGUAAAAACAAAACGACACUGGUAUACCUAGAUAAUUAGAGUUUUCUCUGCACGUUAAGAAAACGUUCAAUGCAUUCAACGAUGAGAGUGUCAUUAUUUUGGUUAUGUCGAAUUUGUAGGUGGACUUUAAAUGUACACAGUUGUGGUGGAGACGCUAGUGAUCAGCUGUCGCUGUUUGUAGUUGCUUGUUUUUAUUUGGUGAUUUACAUUGUUUUUAAAUGGGGAGGGGGGGUUGAAUCAGGGCGAUGGUCGGAGUUUAGGUCGGAUCAUCAAUCUUCUACUCCGGAUGAAACACUGAGUUAAUAUUUAAUAUUCGUAAAUUAAAAAUUGAGAGGUCACCCAUAGGUAUAUUAGCAUCAGCACAAGAAAAUUCAUUACACAUGACAGCCAAUCUAGAAAGCAUCAAAUACUUCCCAUGAUGGCGUCCAUAAAUAUGAAGUUAGCGACAGAAACAAUAAACCACUGGUAAUUAUGAAAUCCUUGCUAGGACAUACACACGAGUAAAUAGUUAUAAGCUCUUCAUAUCUCCUGCUCAGUGCCGUGAAUAUAUGGUGAAUAUAACAUCGAAGCUUUAUUGGCAAACCAAUGAACCAGAGCCAACUGUCGUAACAGUCACUCAGAGAAAGUGGUCAUUGAUGUGAUAAAAUAUGUUGACACUGUAACACAAGCAAAUCAAUAACAUGGCAACAUUUAAAUAAAGCAAAAAAAUAUGGUGAAGUAACAUCAACAGUCAACAGUCAUACUGUCUCAUGUGUUAUGAUGCGCUAUCAGAGCCAACUGUCAUUUUGUGAUGAAAACAAUAAUUUUUCAGUGAAUAUGGCAGGGAUACUGUUGUAUUUUUACUCAGAGUGGUGGAGGGGGAACAGCUCAGCAAUCACACGAGUCUACAUCACUACUGGCACUGGCUACACAGCUAGCCAAAAAAUGACUUGAAGUUAUAUUAUAAGUUAGGAAGUUUUAGUGAUUUAAAAAUGUGUUUGGUUUUAGAAACGGGACAUUGAGGCGUCCCGAGAGACUCUUUAGGGACAACGGGUACAAUCGUUAAAAAAACGGGACAAUCCCGUUUUUACGGGACGUUUGGUCACCCUAAUAUAAAGACUUCGAUUUUCUUCAUUUCUUUUUUUUAAAUUUAGGUACCCAUGAACCAGGAAAAUCCAUUGAUUUUACAUAGGGACAAUGAAUAUGUAAACACUAAUGAAUUCGGGAAUUUAUCUGACCUAUAGAUUCAUGAUGCAUGGGGAGACAUGAUCGUGUGAUGUCUGGCAUAUUGGCAACUAGCAGAUAGGAUACAUUUGUCAAGUGGUGUGCAACUGUCAUUUGAUUAAGUUCACAGUCACGAAGUCUACCCUAACUACUCCUUUCAAUAUCAUCGUCUUCACAACGAAACCGAAGUUCAUCCCAACAUUUGAACUCUUGGCUUACAGCACCACUAGCAAGCACUAACUAGUUACUAGACCAUGGUUUGGGGAAGGUCAACACGUACUUAUUUCUCAAGGACCAUCGCGGCUUCCACAACUCCUGCACUAAGUCUGAUCAUUGCAGAUGGAUUAUCCACAAAAUUCAUUCGCCGAGCGCCACGUCUAUAAUCAGUUUGACGUGGCUUAUAUAAUGAUACUGACACCACAGUUACAUCGGCAUGUGGCGAUCGUUUGACUACUACUCUAGCUUUAACAUACACACAAUCACGGACCCACAGACUGACACCACGCAGGGUGCAUAAAAUGCCACGCUCGUUAUCACAAAAUAAACAGACGUUAAAUGGUUCAAUACGUUAUAUCAACAAAUUCUCAAUGCUUUUAAUAGGGUGUCAAAUGAUGUGUAGGUCUUUCCCAGGGAGUCAUUUCUACAGCGGGUUAAAAAUAUCACCCGUGCUGAUGCCUACGGGUCUCGUCCAAGUGACAAUGGCGACAGGGCCACACUUAGUCUCACACUCACAUAUAAUCCUCACAAACUCAUAGCCCACACGUUUGCCUUAAAAACCCGUUCCCUUCUCCUCGCCGACCCUGACACCCACAAUAUUUUCUCAGCCCACCUCGCAUUGUGUUCCGGAGAGAUUCUAUGAGAUCUCCUUGUGCGUCACAUCGUUGCUACCCUUCCCACUUUGUGACCAAGCAAUAUGGAGUCAGCCGUUGCAAAACUUGCCCUUUUGUCAUCAACUGAUUCCCUUCCCUAAGGCUAGUUUUCAGAUAAGGGACGGCUUCCUCUGCAUUAGCCACUAUGCUAUCUACGCAGAGGCGUAGCGUGGUGGGGGCAGGGGGGCAGAUGUCCCCGGGCGCCAGCUAGUUAGGGGCGCCAAAAUGUGCUUUGAUAUUAUUUUAUUGGUGAAAAUAAUGGAUUUGAGAGUUGAAAAAAAAGAAAAAGGGGCGCUAAAAAUGGAUCUUGUCCCCGGGCGUGAAUCUUGUCCCCGGGCGCCAAACACCCUCGCUACGCCACUGUAUCUACGCCAUUGUUUGUACCCGCUGACAUGUGGCGUAUCUGGCGAGACUGGACGGAGCGUCUCGGACAAAGGUACUGAACACCUUCAAAAUAUUGCGCAAGGUGAUCAUUAUUCCAUCUCAAAACAAUUCAUUAUAAUAUAAUUGAUGACAGGGACUCCAAGGACCUGACUAUCACCACCAUUGUCUUGUACUUACGCAGCCGCCAGAGUGAACUUAGUGAACAAACUGAUUCAGACUAAUGGGACCAUGACAACACAUGUAAUGAAUGAACAAACUGAUUCAGACUAAUGGGACCAUGACAACACAUGUAACGAAUGAACAAACUGAUUCAGACUAAUGGGACCAUGACAACACAUGUAAUGAAUGAACAAACUGAUUCAGACUUAUGGGAACUUGACACCACAUGUAACGAAUGAACAAACUGAUUCAGACUAAUGGGACCAUGACAACACAUGUAAUGAAUGAACAAACUGAUUCAGACUAAUGGGACCAUGACAACACAUGUAAUGAAUGAACAAACUGAUUCAGACUAAUGGGACCAUGACAACACAUGUAAUGAAUGAACAAACUGAUUCAGACUUAUGGGACCAUGACAACACAUGUAAUGAAUGAACAAACUGAUUCAGACUAAUGGGACCAUGACAACACAUGUAAUGAAUGAACAAACUGAUUCAGACUUAUGGGACCUUGACACCACAUGUAACGAAUGAACAAACUGAUUCAGACUUAUGGGAACUUGACACCACAUGUAAUGAAUGAACAAACUGAUUCAGACUUAUGGGACCUUGACACCACAUGUAACGAAUGAACAAACUGAUUCAGACUUAUGGGAACUUGACACCACAUGUAACGAAUGAACAAACUGAUUCAGACUUAUGGGAACUUGACACCACAUGUAACGAAUGAACAAACUGAUUCAGACUUAUGGGAACUUGACACCACAUGUAAUGAAUGAACAAACUGAUUCAGACUUAUGGGAACUUGACACCACAUGUAACGAAUGAACAAACUGAUUCAGACUUAUGGGAACUUGACACCACAUGUAACGAAUGAACAAACUGAUUCAGACUUAUGGGAACUUGACACCACAUGUAACGAAUGAACAAACUGAUUCAGACUUAUGGGAACUUGACACCACAUGUAACGAAUGAACAAACUGAUUCAGACUUAUGGGAACUUGACACCACAUGUAACGAAUGAACAAACUGAUUCAGACUUAUGGGAACUUGACACCACAUGUAACGAAUGAACAAACUGAUUCAGACUAAUGGGACCUUGACACCACAUGUAACGAAUGAACAAACUGAUUCAGACUUAAGGGAACUUGACACCACAUGUAACGAAUGAACAAACUGAUUCAGACUAAUGGGACCAUGACAACACAUGUAACGAAUGAACAAACUGAUUCAGACUUAUGGGACCUUGACACCACAUGUAACGAAUGAACAAACUGAUUCAGACUUAUGGGAACUUGACACCACAUGUAACGAAUGAACAAACUGAUUCAGACUUAUGGGACCUUGACACCACACGUUUUCUUUCACUUUUUAAAUCUUUACUCCGCCCUCCUUGUUACAACCAAUCGCCGUGGACUUACGUCUCAUCUCUUUCAUCCCCUAUUAUCUUUACUAACUCUUUUACCUAAUAAUGGUCUAUCGCAAUGUAUCGCUACGCCAAUGGUUGAGGCACACAGUUUCGUGCACAGUUUUAUCACCCAUAAUAGUUAGAUUUGAGACAGUUCAAGUUUGAUUGUACUGCCAUUCUUAGAAAUCCUAAAUUGUCCUACAGCCGUUUUAUUUAUAGUUCCCUUAAAUGCAAUGCGCAAAUGCAGUUACUGCCAGGUGAGUGAAUCCAAGUGACGUAUUUCAUUCUAUAUAAGUAAGUCUUUACGUUGGAUUUGAUAGCCACAGGAGCACACCACUCUAUGUCUGCUGGCUUCCUAAAGUGUACAUCAGCAUUCAUUGUCUAACUUCCUGACGGGCGGCAAUACCAUUAUACCAUAGCAUCGCCACGGGUGGCCAAAAAACUAAAACAAUAUCAAACUUCAUUUUCAAACAAUUAUUUUGUUGUUUACUUAAAGCCUUCACCACAAUGAAGCCUGACAUCUAACGUUUAAUAUAUAUAUAUAACAUAUAUAUUAAUAAGUAAAGAGUAAUAGCCAUAUAAAUUAUAUAUAUAUAUAUAUAUAUAUAUAUAUAUAUAUAUAAAUUAUAUAUCUGGCCAAUGUUAUUAUUAGAAGCUGACAUAACUCGCGGUAAACAAAGAACUACAGAGAAUACAUAAAUAUUUUUAAAAUUUUUUAACUUUUAUCAAAAAUUUAUAUUGUGGGUGUCUAGGCGUUGAGACAGACAAAAGCACAACGUAGACUUGGACGAAAUGCAACAACUCAAACUCCUGGUGUCCAACGAUAAUGAAAGUAUGUUUAUUUCUAAGAUAUAAGUUUCUUCUACCAUCUAUCGUCUUCUGGUCUCUAGCAAGUAUUCCCUAACAACUGUUCAGUUCUAUCGUAGCUCUUUUCUCUCUCUUCCUCAACUAAUCCGUAGUUCUUCUCUAUCUUCCUCAACUAACUACUGUCGCUCCUUUCCCUCUUCCUCAACUCGUCGUACCUCUGUUCACUCUCCCUCAACUAACUUUAACCCCGUGAAAGCUCUCUCUUAUAUGUGAUUCUCUACCCCCAUAGGUGGUCCAGGAAUGCUAUCUAUAAACACACCCAUGCCCCCUAAUUUCCGGUCAAUUAGACCUUCCCAUUGUUAACCCAAAAACUAUCACGCGAAGUCUGGAAAACCCGAGACAUAAUGCUUUGGAAAGAAACAUCCCUCUAUCUCCAAGAUGCGAGAGUCUAUUAACCUUAACUUAACCCCAUUAACAGCAGUUUCCUUCCAUCAUAUAAGUUACCUCAACGACAAUGGAGCUCUGUCCUGUAUCCCCCGCCCCAGUCAUUUGUGACAUAUGCCCCCCCUUCAAGAAAUUUUUCAAAAUAUUGACAAAUUUUAAAAAACUCCACAAAUGACCAACCUACAACUCUACACAUCACACCAUCCCAUGCGUCAAGCCCUUACUCUGUGCGUCGUCGAGUCUAUUGUCAUCUAUCAUCAUCUUCAGUUUUACAAACAAAAUUAAAAAUAGCAACACACAACAUCAUGCAUAUGUCAAUAGUAAUUAACGAAAUCAAUAAUUGACCAUAACAACAUGAACAUUGUAACUUAAAAGACUAAACAAAAUACGUAUCCAAACAUUUUGAUCUCUCAUUAAACUAUCUCAAUCUCAGAACAAAGUGUGUCUAACACGAUAACUUAUACUACUAUCAUACCAGCAAUUAGACUUAUACCUUAAGUCUUAAUCUCCUUCUCUGAUCCCAUGACCCACUGAUCGGGUUGAAUGAUACCCACUUCUAACUCACAUACAUAGUGCAAACCAUAGAUGCCCUACCCAUGCUACCCCACACAUUACCCAGUGUGGGCAAUAGCUGAUCCAACCGUGCUACCCCACACAUUACCCAGUGUGGGAAAUAGCUGACCUAACCAUGCUGUCCGACACAUUACCCAGUGUAGGCUACAGCUGACCAUCUCAAGCUACUCUACACAUUACCCAGUGCAGGUUAUAGCUUCCAUCCCACGCUAUUCUACGCAUUAUGUAAUGAAGGCUUACCAUUCACCUAAUGCUAUCCAAAACCUAACUCUUCAUCUAGUGCUGUCAUCACACUUCCCUAAGAGUAGACCGCUAACUAUCUAAUGCUGUCUCACCAUCACUAAGUGUAGAACAGCCAUACAACUAUUACUAUCAAAUUAUGAACCCAACAACACUAAUAACCAUUAUCUUUGACACUCUACAGUCUACACAUCGUCUACACCGCAAACCAUCAUGUGCCCUGCACGGUCUGUUAUAGACGAGUACCCGUAAUGUCCAUAACAAACAUCUCUGCCGUUAUGACAUCACUAACCAACAGAACUAGAUCUAAACUCUAAUCCACACACACUGCCAUUAUCAAGGCCCAGUGUGCCCUGUCCUUAAGACAUGACCUCUUACUGCCCACCUGGCUUCUUAACAAUAGCCCAGGGGCAGCUACUCGCUCAUAUUAUUAAUCAAGCAUAAUGUUUAACCCUAACCACAACUGUUAAAACACAUGAUUACACUCAUCACUAGCAUUACUUUAACUACACAAGUUUAAAAAAAAAAUGCACGUGUGAAACUCAAAUAAAGAUAACACAGCUAAAUUAACUAAAUUUACUAGUGUCUUAAAAACAAGUCUAACGUCUCUUUGAGGAAGCCUCCUUGAUGACGAUAUGGAGAUUAUCCUCACACUGAACUAAACACUUUUUAACUGUUUAUCUGUGCCACCUUCAGAUAUGCACCGCUCACAUCCUAACAGUAUGAGUGCUAAAGAACUUUCCCCACUAUUAUAUCAUAGACUAUGUCGGGAAUGCACACUACUUUAAUAUUUCCUGAAAUAUAUGGGGUGCUGAUCGUGACUAUAGCCUUCUCUCCUUUUAGCCUUGCAUCAUUCAAUAGAACAACCGUACAUCUCUCUCCUGUCAACUUACUGUCAUCAACUAAGUCUUUCCUAACCACUAUAUCACUACACAGAUAAUGUCUAAACACUUUAACCUUUUGGUCUUCAACUAACCCAAAUACACUUUCCUUCACUCCGACACCAAUAGAAAUUCCUCCUAUUAGAAUUUCAUCUUCACUAUCAUUUCCUUUUUCUUCUUCGUACUUAAUUUUACGUGUGCUAUUGUUAUCCUUCUUUACUAAAGACUUCUCUCUCUUCUCUAUACACUUCUUUUCCUGUCCUAAUCUGAAACACGUGGAUACCGUUUUCACAUCUCUGCAACUCGAAUUUUUAUCUUCCUCCGUGUCACGGACGGCUGGGCAAUUUCUCACGACAUGCCCCUUUUGGUGACACUUGUAGCAACGCCCCUGAAAUUGACACCUCACGGCGGUGUGGCCUGGUCGUAAACAGCUGAAACAGACCCGUGGCCGUUCGCAGUCUCUGGCUAGGUGUCCACUUCCAUAACAACGAAAACACCGGCGCUCGUUGUAGCAAUCUCGAGCCAGAUGACCAGUUGAGUAGCAUCUGUAACACCGCCGUGCGUUAGUGCAGUACCUAGCAAUGUGACCUGCACGAUGGCACCUGUAGCAAAGUGGUGCGUCACACUGCUUCACUUGGUGGUACGCUGCUGGUCUCCAGAAAUCCGACUGUCUGCACAACACUGACGUCAUGUUUCCCUUCACACCUGUUGAAUCCUAGGGACGUCUGUUCUCUAUCUCUAUUACGUCAGCUUUGUCUAUCUCCUGUUGCCUAGACCCCGGAACGAGCCCCCAGAUGUCACAGAACGGUUGUUACGGAGGAGGGCUCCGGUCCUGACUUAACACAAACUAUGUUGACUUAGUAGUGGUCAGUACAGGACCGCUCCUCUCUGUGAUUUAUAUUGUGGGUGUCUAGGCGUUGAGACAGACAAAAGCACAACGUAGACUUGGACGAAAUGCAACAACUCAAAACUUCUGGUGUCCAACGAUAAUGAAAGUGUUUAUUGGUAAGAUAUACGUUUUUCCAGUCAUCUGUCGUCUUCUGGUCUCUAGCAAGUAUUCCCUAACAACUGCUCAGUUCUAUCGUAGCUCUUUUCUCUCUCUUCCUCAACUAAUCCGUAGUUCUUCUCUAUCUUCCUCAACUAACUACUGUCGCUCCUUUCCCUCUUCCUCAACUCGUCGUACCUCUGUUCACUCUCCCUCAACUAACCUAACUCAGUGAAAGCUCCCUCUUAUAUGUGGUUCUCUACCCCCCAUAGGUGGUCCAGGAAUGCUAUCUAUAAACACACCCAUGCCCUCUAAUUUCCGGUCAAUUAGACCUUCCCAUUGUUAACCCAGAAAUUAUCAUGCGAAGUCUGGAAAACCCGAACAUACUAUUAUCCAAAGAAACAAUCCCCCACUAUAUCAAGAUGUGAGAGCCUAUUAACCUUAACUUAACCCCAUUAACAGCAGUUUCCUUCCAUCCUAUAAGUUACCUAAACAACAAUGGAGCUCUGUCCUGUACCCCCGCCCCAGUCAUUUGUGACAAUUGUGUAGAGGAGCACUUUAUGUAAGUCAAGGGAUCCAAAUGAAUGUAGACGAAACUUAAUUAUGUCUUAUUUUUAAUAAUUUGUUUAAAAUAUUUUCUGCACAGACUUUCUUUGAAUUCGGGUAGUGCGUUUCAACUAGUCUUUAAAAAAAAGUCUAACAUUUAAUUAUUUAUUUUUUUUAAUGUGCUACUUGCUAGUAUUAAAAUUUUAUUUUAACCCUGUUGACGAGACCUGCGUUGCUCUGAGACUAAUGACCGACAUGCCCAGACCAAACUCAGAUGCGACCUUACAGAUCAGCCCAAGGGAAGACUGAAUCGACCGAACGAGGGGGUCAUGCGUGACAGCACAAAGUUAUACCCAUAGACUGAAGCACUCUUCGUUUUAUGUAUAAUAGUUUGAACAGCUCCUAUUUUUAAUUUAAAAUCAUGUUGAAUUGUUGUAUUGCUUUAAGAUACGCGUAAUUUAAUAGUAGAAAUAAUGGUUUCAGUUUCAGACAUGAAUAGAGUAAUUUUGAUAAUGAUAUCCCAAGCUGAAGGAGUAUGAUAAUAUUUGUAUGAUAUUUGUAUGAAGGAGUAUGAUAUUUGUCAAAAUCAUUUUGAUAUGUGAAAGUGAAUAGAGGGGGAAAAUGACAGGUGUAGUGUGAAACAGCAUUUCCUCAAAAAGAUGGGAGCGUUAAAAAUGGUUAUUGCGUGACAGGGUUAUUGGGCGACAAGUAAAUGAAAUACACAUUUUUCGUAUGAAGUAUUUCGUUGCUGAAAUGUUGCAACAACUUUUGUUUGCAGAUCGUCCACUUCUGAAAUCGCUACAGGUGGCCCAACAAGGAAAACAAUACGAAACUUCAUUUUAACAAUGAAGCCUGACAUCUAUUUUUAAAAAAAAUUUAAUACGUAAAAAGUUAUAGUCAUAUAACGGAAGGUCUAUUCGAUGUCUCCAUGUUAGUAGUGUAAUACUGUAGGCAUGGCAGGUCUAAUGCUAUGUCUCAAUGUUGGUAGUGUAAUAAUGCUAGGCACGGCAGGUCUAGUUUAAAGUCUCAAUGUUGGUAGUGUAAUAAUGCUAUGCAAAGCAGAUCUUAUUCGAUGUCUCAAUGUUGGUAGUGUAAUACAUUUAGGCCCGGCAUGUCCAGUUCUAUGUUACAAUGUUGGUAGUGUAAUACUGUUAGGCCCGGCAUGUCCAGUUCUAUGUUACAAUGUUGGUAGUGUAAUACUGUUAGGCACGGCAGGUCUAGUUCUAUGUUACAAUGUUGGUAGUGUAAUACUGUUAGGCACGGCAGGUCUAUUCGGUGUCUCAAUUUUGGUAGUGUAAUAAUGCUAGGCACGGCAGGUCUAGUUCUAUGUCUCAAUGUUGGUAGUGCAAUAAUGCUAGGCUUGGUAGGUCUAGUUCUAUGUCUCAAUGUUGGUAGUGUAAUACUGUAGGCAUGGCAGGUCUAGUUCUAUGUCUCAAUGUUGUAGUGUAAUACUGUAGGCAUGGCAGGUCUAUUUCCAACCCUAUGCUGAAUGCCAGCUGCUCUCAUGUCACUGUUCAGUAGUUGAAUCGAGGGCUAGACAAACUGUUGGUCCCAAAGACCACUUUGAUACAACAAUGCAAUCUUACUGUUUUCUAUUCCAAUAAAAUUAAUUUUUAUGUCACUUGGUGGGGGGCCAUUUACAAUGUGCUCAAAGAUUGUGAGCUAUGCUCUUACUUAUACUCUUUCUUCCUAUUCAUAAACAGAUGCUCUGUUACUUUUUAAUUUGCUAUUAUGGUUAAAUAUACAUGCUUGUAGGAAAUGCCAAAAUCAAAGAUGUAAUAACGUUAGAAUUGUAUCAUGUUUAGUAUCAUUACAUUAGAUGAGUGGCAAUUAAACGCUGGUCUUAAUCCCAAAAACUUUGAGUAAAGGUAUGACUGGACAAAUUACUACUUCAAGUGACCUACUAAUACUAACUAUGGAGGGUUGGACUGCCCUAAAGGUUGAAGUGUUUCAAUAAGACACAAACAGUUUCUGUCGUCAACUGUAAGCAAAAACAGUAUUUAAGCUUUCAUUAAGGACAAAAUAAAAUUUUAAACGUUUCGGAUACUGCCUUUUUAGUUCAACAACCCCCCCACCCCCCUCCAAAUGCAUCAAUUUAGAUUAAAUGACUAUGCGCCGUACCCAUUAAAUACAAGACAUGAAAGGAACAAACACGGGUGAAGUCUCUCACGGCAACGGAGAGGAGAAAAACAAAUACAAUUAUUUGUCAUGGACAUUUCUUUAAAAUCUCCUGAGGAUAAACUAUUAGUCAUCGACCGCUCUUGGGAAAACGUUCAUCUAAACGCUACAGGAUAACAUAGAUGUUACUGGGGUACUACGGGAUAACAUAGAUGUUAUUGGGGUACUACGGGAUAACAUAAAUGUUAUUGGGGUACUACGGGAUAACAUAGAUGUUAUUGGGGUACUACGGGAUAACAUAAAUGUUAUUGGGGUACUACGGGAUAACAUAAAUGUUAUUGGGAUACUACGGGAUAACAUAAAUGUUAUUGGGGUACUACGGGAUAACAUAAAUGUUAUUGGGGUACUACGGGAUAACAUAAAUGUUAUUGGGGUACUACGGGAUAACAUAAAUGUUAUUGGGGUACUACGGGAUAACAUAAAUGUUAUUGGGGCACUACGGGAUAACAUAAAUGUUAUUGGGGCACUACAGGAUAACAUAAAUGUUAUUGGGGUACUACGGGAUAACAUAAAUGUUAUUGGGGCACUACGGGAUAACAUAAAUGUUAUUGUGGCACUACGGGAUAACAUAAAUGUUAUUGGGGCACUACGGGAUAACAUAAAUGUUAUUGGGGCACUACGGGAUAACAUAAAUGUUAUUGGGGCACUACGGGAUAACAUAAAUGUUAUUGGGGUACUACGGGAUAACAUAAAUGUUAUUGGGGUACUACGGGAUAACAUAAAUGUUAUUGGGGUACUACGGGAUAACAUAAAUGUUAUUGGGGUACUACGGGAUAACAUAUAACAUAAAUGUUAUUGGGGUACUACGGGAUAACAUAAAUGUUAUUGGGGUACUACGGGAUAACAUAAAUGUUAUUGGGGUACUACGGGAUAACAUAAAUGUUAUUGGGGUACUACGGGAUAACAUAAAUGUUAUUGGGGCAGUACGGGAUAACAUAAAUGUUAUUGGGGCACUACGGGAUAACAUAAAUGUUAUUUGAUUUUGGUCAACAAUGACAACUGACGUAAAUGCCAAAAUACAAAACAUCAUUUCUUGGUUCUAGCCCAGUGGCUCCCAAAUGGCGGUCCGUGGACCUUCACCGGUCCGCAUGCCUAACGCUGUCGGUCCCCAUAACAUAAAUAUUUAUUGUCAAAUAGAAAUAAAAGUAUAAAAAUAAAUCAUGCACCGUUCCCUGGUAAAAUUUCGAAACUUGUUCACCGGUCCGCCAAACUUAAACGUUUGGGGAACCACUGUUCUAACCAGACCACGGAAAGUUAGAACGGGGCGCUACAUGGAUGACGUCAAGGGCUCGUCAGUGACGAUGUCCAUGGCUAAAACAAACUUCUGGAUGGGGUGGGGACGUGGUGGAGUGGGGUGAUUGGGGGCAGGAAGUAGUAAGGAGUGGGGCGUUGGAGAGGGCAGGUAGCGGAGUGGGUUGAUUGGGAAAUGGUAGGUAGCAGGGGGCGGGUUGAUUGGGGGAGGUAGUGGAAUUGGUAGAUUGAGGGAGGGUAGGUAGUGGAGUGGCCAGAUUGGGGUGUUAGUGUGUGGGUUGAGGAGGUAUUGAUACCAGUGCCUGACCCAGAUUCCAGAUGAGAACCCCUGACACAGACGACUUGAAUACAUCUAAUGAACCCAUCAUGUCAAAUUGCAGUCCAAGAUUAAUGAACUAGUCGCCACAAGCUCAUUAUUAUUCGACUAAUCUCUCUUCUCUCCCCCCCCCCUCUCUCUCUCUCUCUUUGUGGCCUCUUCCUUGCUUCUUCAGACAAAAAACAAUUCAGACCAGAUUUCCGGAUGUAAAGCCAAUUAAUCACGGCGAGUGGAUUCCUAAGCGUUAGUGCGAGUUUGUGUGAGGAAUGGUAUGUGUGGGUGUGUGGCAUCGUAGUGUGUGUGUGUGAGAGAGAGAGGCAUAGCAGUGUAUGUGUGUGUUUGUUUGUGUGUGUGUAAGGCCUCGCAGUAUGAUACAUACUGGCUUAUCGUGCUGACGCCGAUCCUCAGUCAACAACAACAUCAAAACAAAGCACUUCAUAAAAACCAAAGAAAGUUUGAAUUUAAGUUGUCCACUGCUGGCAUGCGCCUUGAUGGCACGUUGUGUUACAGUUGAAACGGCAUGAAAUCAAACCAAUGUGUGUGUAAAAAUGUAAUUGCAGCUGAUUAAUGUCGUGUAGUGAUUUAAACGCCUCAUACUUGGCAAUGCAGUGUUACUUGGGUAAAGCAGGGCCGCGAGGACGUCAAAAAGUCAGACGGUUCAAGAGGUUUAUUUACUAGAGCUCAUUUUAAUCAAGACACGUUCCAUUUGGACCAUUUGUUAAACACUUGAUGGGGUAUCCAGCAUGGGUGUCCUGGGACUGGAAAGGUCGAAUCUAAUAAUUCCAAAUUGUUUCAACAAAACGUAAUAAUGUCACUUGCUAACGAUAAUGUGGUCUUCAAUAAUGUUCGAUCUGAUUAUAGAAUAUAAAUACCUUGCAAUAGUCUGGCCUUUAACAAUUCUAGUCUAAACCCUUCAGGUAAAUAACAGAUAAAAGAAUAUGCUAGCAAUAUAAUUCAAACAAGAGUUUUGUGAACUGUUUAAACUGUUACUAUAGUAACCAAAUUAAGUUGGCCGAAAAGUCUAUUCAAUGAAUGAACGUGAAGUUGCUUAGAUACUAGUAACGUUUCAAUGGUCUGUAAGUGGGAAUAUUCACAUCAUUUUCUGUCAUUCAAUUAUUCCCAUCUGUUCUGUCUUUGAUUUUGAAAUAAUCUCCAUCUUGGUUCUCUUUGAAAUGAUCACCAUCUUAUCAGUCUUUGAAAUGAUCACCAUCUUGUCUGUCUUUGAAAUAAUCACCAUCUUGUCUGUCUUUAAAAUAAUCACCAUCUUGUCUGUCUUUAAAAUAAUCACCAUCUUGUCAGUCUUUGAAAUAAUCACCAUCCUGUCUGUCUUUGAAAUAAUCACCAUAUUGUCAGUCUUUGAAAUAAUCACCAUCCUGUCUGUCUUUGAAAUAAUCACCAUCUUGUCAGUCUUUGAAAUAAUCACCAUAUUGUCUGUCUUUGAAAUAAUCACCAUCUUCUCUGUUAUCGCAACAAUUAACCAAAUUCAUUGAUCUCAAUCAACGUUCUCUGUUAUUGAAGCCUUAAUUAGAUAACAAUGAGUGAAAACUGACUGCAACCUUUAAAGCUGCCCAUCCCCAAGCCCUAUAGUUCCCUAUCCCCCAGCACAAUAGUAUCCCGAUCCCCGAAAGUAUAUCCCGAUCCUCUGGUACUAUAGUUUCCAAUGCCCAAAGCACAAUAGUUCCCCGAUCCCCCUAGCACAGGCCUGCACCAUAUACGGCCCGCCAGCACCCCCUUGGCGGCUCGCGAAAUAUUCCUUAUUAUUAUUAUUUUCUUAAUAGCUCUCCCCCUGUCCUAUUCUCUUUCGGCCCGCACAAGUUUUUCAUAACGUAUUACGGCCCGCACACGAUUUUCACAAAGUAUUACGGCCCGCCUUACAUUUUGAGUUGUGGUGGCCUGCCCUAGCAUAAUGGUUCCACGACCCCCACCCAAGCUAAACAGUUCUCCGAUCACGCUUACACAAUGGUUUGCCGUGCCCCCUGGACAAAACUUCCGUUAUUUCAUUUAAUUCUAGGAUGCACCAAUAAAAAUUUGGGAUGAACAAGUAGCGGCAAUGAAAUGAUCAAAUAUCAAAAAGGAAUUCGUGAAUGUCCCAUUAUUAUUGAAUGUGUCGUUCAUGUCCGAUAAUAACCUUGUUUCCUGACAUCAAUGCUGGGACCCAGGCCCCCCCCCCAUACGCCCUAACGACAAACGUUUGAACUAGAUCUCCCCUAAGACACUACAGGUGGUAUCGAUCUCGCUGAUAUUUUCUUGCCGCUCUAACGAUCUAUUUUACUACUGCAAUAGUGAUUGUGACCUUGGCCAUUUCCGUGAUACCAAGCAAUCGAUACACAUCCGGAUACACUCAAGUUCGAGAUACCCUCUCGGUUCAUUAAGCGGAAAUAAACGUGUUGUCUUGUGUUAUGUUAUAGUUAGAUUGUAAAUACUGUCCUAUAUUUUUGGACCAGCAACAUCGCGUGUCGUUCAUGUAGAUCCGUCUUUGAAAAUAAAUGGAAGGAUACAAACGUCACAGGAAUUUUGUUAUUUCCUAUUUGGUUGCUUAGCCGCACAGGCGCCUUCUAUGGCGAUUAUGGAUCUAUUUGAUUCGUUGACAGCACAUUUAAGAUCUUCGUUUAUAAAUGUUAAGGUGAAUACUUGAGUGACGCAAUCGAAUCUGUUGGUUUUGCACGUGCACUGUAUUUGCUGGUAACGUAAGACGAAUGCAGUGGUGCCCUUAAGUGGCGUUCAACGCGUCGGUGUUUUAGGCGUAAGAUGUGCACUGCGAUUGUUGGAUGACGACUUUGUGUUUAACUUUAUUUCUCAGGAAGAAAAAAAAAUACUGAAAAGUUAUUUAAACCUCAAAGGCUCUGUGAACGGAGAGAUUAAACAUUUCCAGUGAAUCCAUAGGUAGAGCAGACGUUCAAGGUGAUUGAAACUACUUUACACUCAUGUCAGAGAAAUUUGUUUGUACCUCCCAGUUCUCUGUCAAAUUGAAAUAAGGGUUCAUGUGGCCAGGCAAAAAUUCACUGGCAUCCCGUACGUACAUCCUUGGAAUUUUGUAUUUUUCUUAAACACUAAUUAUUUAAGCCUUUGACUUCAUGGUGUGCCAUAGCAUUUGGGUUUGGGUUGGGUGGGGGGGGGGGAGUAAAGGGAGAUAGAGCUGAAAUAAUACAUUUUACGAAUAGAUGUUUCCUCUGCUCAGUUCACUUGUAUUAAUUACAAUCACAUACUAAAUGAUAAAUACGUACGUACAUCCUUGGAAUUUUGUAUUUUUCUUAAACACUAAUUAUUUAAGCCUUUGACUUCAUGGUGUGCCAUAGCAUUUGGGUUUGGGUUGGGUGGGGGGGGGGAGUUAAGGGAGAUAGAGCUGAUAUAAUACAUUUUACGAAUAGGUGUUUCCUCUGCUCAGUUCACUUGUAUUAAUUACAAUCACAUACUAAAUGAUAAAUUAAAACAUGAGUGAACUAUGAUUUAUGGUAGAUCGCGUGUUACAGAGCUAUGUGUAUUCACAUAUAGUGAACCUUGACAAUUAAAAAAAAAAAAAUCUGUCCGUUUUGGAAAACAAUCCAAAAGACCAAUUGGUAAGAGCCCUCUCAAAAUUAAAAAAGGAAACACGACAGCAUACCUUUAUAAAUGUAAGAAAUUAAAACUAACGGCCAUAACGACAUCAUCAAACUGUUGACCUACUAACAAGAAUCAGUCUGUCACGAUCGCGUGCCAGACUGUAUAUUUAAAACAUGUGAUAGGGCACGCGAACAUGGCCCAGGCCCGCCUUUCAGUAACAACCACAACAAACCCGGCACAAGUGCUCACGUCACAAAGUGGCGCCAACGGCUCCAGAAGGCCCAGCGUGACCCCAACGGUUUUCUUUCUGUCCUUGUUUCGCCGCGUCUUUCCGCGCUAUCAAGCACAACUUACAGUAACUACCGCGUCAAUGUCUUCAAUCCGCCCCCCCCCCCCCACCGGGCCACACACACAGCCUUUUUUCGUUCUCAUUACUAACAUUUUAUUGUAACGGCCUUUAGUGGCGGAUGAAUAUUGUGUGCAGAAAACAGUGCAUUGCAAACAGUUCCACUCUAAUAAUUCAGUGAGUCUCAAGCGUUUGAAACCGUUCGUUAAUUAUCUGAACGGCUUUGGAUGAGAUAGUUUUUGAUGACAUUACAAUAUGAGAAUUUACUUUCUCUGCGCAGAAACAAAAGACACACACACGCGCGCACACACACGCGCACACACACACACACACAUAUCUAUAUAUAUACUAGACAAUAUGCCCGGCGUUGCACGGGAUUGCAUUCAGAAAAACAACUUCUGCAGUCUUUUAAUAAACAUUGAAAAUAAGCGCCAAAUAAAAAAAAAAAAAAAAAAAAAACACCCUUCUAAUAAAAAAAAGUUUUAAUUGGUCUCCUAUAAAACAACAUUUAAAAUAACUUUUAUAAAUCUUUCGUUCCCCAAAGGGAUCCCGUUUCCAAGUAGGAUACCAUUUUCCAAUGGGAUUCCGGUCCUACUGGGAACCCAUAUCCCAUUGAGAUCCCGAUUGGGAUCGCGUUUCCAAAUGGGAUCCCUUAUCCCGAUGGGAUCCCGUUCCUAUUGGGAUCACGCCCCAUUGGGAUCUUGAACACAUGAAAUUCACGACCCCAAUGGGAUCCCGAUGAGAUCCCUUUUCAAAAUGGGAUCCCAUAUCCCGAUGGGAUCACUACCCCACUGAGACUCCGAACUAAUUGGGAUCCUGAUGGCUUCCUGAUCCCGAUGGAAUCCCUUUCCCAAAUGUGAUCCUGGCCUCAUUGAGAUUUUGACCCAAUUGAGAUCCCGACCCCAUUGGGACCCCAAUCCCGAUGGGGUCCAAUCAAAUACGAAAAUUUCUACAACUAAAUGCCAUAACUCUAACCAUUUUUCAUUUAAGGUAAAAGAGCCCCCCCCCCAAUAAGUUCCCGUUUUAGUUUUGGCUGAAAUAGGGGGGCCCCUUUAUUCAAGUCACUCAGAUAAAUAAAUGUAGUAAAAUUUAAAAUCUGUCCAUCUAAAUCUAUUUAAAAAUAUCAUAGAUACAGCUUUUUGAAUUAUCGAACUUUUUGCUACCAAGCCAGGCCUAGAGCCAUCAAUUCACAUAGAGUUGUGUUUUCUAAGCCUAGUGAUAUUUAUAUAGCUUAUGAGGAAAAAUUAAAUGGGCCGGGCCCCAUGGGAAUGUAUAUUAGGAGUUAAAUAAUCAUCGGUAUUUGAAUAUGGAUAAUCAAGUGUAUGUGUACUAAGUUUGGUCAAGAUCUAUCAAUCCAUUUAAGAGUAUUUGUUGGUUAUUUUAUUAUUUAGCUCAUAUUAGAAAUAAAACGAAUUCGGGGCCCCCGGCCCCAAACGGAAUGUUAUAAAAUGUUCAUAACUCCCUAAGAGUUCCUUUCGGAUAAUGAUGGAAAUAUGUGCCAAUUAUUGGUCACGCUUCAUCAAUCCACUUUAAAGUCUCUGUGGAAUAAACAAACAAAUCCACAAACAAACCCACAAACAUAUACACAUAUAGCUAUGUAUUAGACAUCUGGGACAUCCUACCGUUGAUAAUCCCACCUAGAUAACGAACUGCCGAAGUAACGUCACACCUGGACGUGCUGUUGGAUGUUGCAAAAUGUGCACUACAAGACAUUCCAAAGUUGACCACUACGAUGUCAACACUAUGUGUAUAUGUGAUGAUAUCAUCACACUCAGUGUCUUGUCAGAUUAGAAGGAAAUAGGUGAAUUAAUAUUCAAUAUUAUGAAGAAAUAAUGAAUGUUUGGGAACUUGAAAAAGAACACAUGAAAGAAAUUUCGCUAGUUAAGAAGAGAUGACCCCAUGCAGAGGCGUAAGCAUGGUAUUAAGAGCUCGGGGACAAGAUUCAUUUUUAAGCCCCAAUCAACUCUGAAACCAAAUAUGCUCAUCAAUAAAAAAAAUAAAAAAAUACCACCAGAGCCAGUUUUGGCACCCCCUUACUAGUCUGGCGUCCGGGGACAUCUGCCCCCCCCCCCAAAUUGGCUACGGCACGGACGCCACGAUUUGUCUCCCUUGUUAACUCCAUCCGUUUGUCUUAUAUUCAAGGAUCUCAAACUGUAACGACACCAUCGCCUCAAUACAAUAAUUAGCCGUACAAUUCAACACUUUUCAACAGACCUACCGAGCGCGAUGUAAAUAGUUCAAACAUAAAACUGUCAAUGAUUUGUUUUUAGAAUAAAUUACCCCACCCCCUUUUUUUCUAACACAAGCACACACUCACACAAACACGCGCACACACACACCCGUUCACCAAUACAGCUCUAUCGAUCUGCAACUCUGAGUUCACUUGGUACAAAACUCAUCGACUCGACAUAACUGACACACUUGUGACAAGCCCAAUUACUGUAGUAUAGACCUCGACACACUUGUGACAAGCCCACUUACUGUAGUAUAGACCUCGACCCACUUGUGACAAGCCCACUUACUGUAGUAUAGACCUCGACCACACUUACAUCGGUAGACAUGCAUGGAUGUCAAGUCAGUCAUAAAAAGUACGUCCGUCAUUGUUUUACUUCUUUAAGAUGUCAUUUCUUGAAUGAAAAGAUAAUGUGUUGAAGGUAUUCAGUUUCAAGGCGAUAUGUGUUUGUUAGGACAGGAAUCUCACAAAUAUCAGGAGGCCUUAAAUUUUAACAUGUGAUCAUAUCUCCAUUAGGAGAAGGAAAAAAUCAGGAUUGUAUAAUAACGGUAAUGUAGGAUAGAAUAGAGCAGACCCUACUAUUAGUCACCAACAUUAGAAAAUACUUUGAAACGACCGGUACUGACAGCAUAUUUUGUGCAGUCAUUGUGACAUGGUUUGUAGGUUGAAUGAUUCAUCUGACAUUAGCAUAUGGAGUUAGCUGAGGCUUACGUUACAUACAGAUCAACCUGGCGUGUACGGUUACAUCUGUGUUUGGGGUUUACACUAACAGUAAUGCUUGAGUCUGCAUGUUAACUGGGACCUAAAAUCGACUAACACUCUUGCUUGAAUGUGUAAUGAUGACUGGGACGUAAGAUCCACUAACACUCUUGUUUGAGUAUGUAUGUUAACUGUGACCUAAGAUCCACUAACACUCUUGCUUGAAUGUGUAAUAAUGACUGGGACCUAAGAUCCACUAACACUCUUGCUUGAGUAUGUAUGACGACUGGGACCUAAGAUCAACUAACACUCUUGCUUGAGUCUGUAUGUUAACUGUGACCUAAGAUCCACUAACACUCUUGUUUGAGUCUGUAUGAUGACUGGGACCUAAGAUCCACUAACACUCUUGUUUGAGUAUGUAUGUUAACUGGCACCUAAGAUCCACUAAUACUCUUGCUUGAGUCUGUAUGUUGACUGGGACCUAAGAUCGACCAACACUCUUGCUUGAGUCUGUAUGUUGACUGAGACCUAAGAUCUACAAACACUCUUGCUUGAGUCUGUUUGUUGACUGGCACCUAAGAUCCACUAACACUCUUGCUUAAGUAUGUAUGUUAACUGGGACCUUAGAUUCACUAACCAAAAUAGUAUUCAAAAAGUUGCAGGCACUGCCCCUUUAAUUGGAGAGGGAGCAAAAAUAGAGGACGCCGAUGGCUUGUUCGCAAAACGUGAGAUGGGAUUUGGGGAGGGGGCUCACUGUACAACUGAAUAUGGGCAACUUGAUGGCCCUGGAAGCGUGAGACCUGGGCAACUGCCCAGUGUGCCCAUGUCUUAUGACGGCAUUGUCUACAGACAGAUCUAAAAAACACUAUGCACAUAAUGUCGGCUCUUCUCUACGGUUACUAAGAACUAUAGCCUACAAUCAGAUGUUGCACCUAGUCAAUAAAAGAUGCGCAUCAAAAUGCAGCAAUAAAUAGAUGACAUGUGGCCUCACAUUGGACGAGGCAAUGAUUAGCGUUUAUGGAGUGGCGCAAAACAGCAUUGCCUGCGGCUACAGCUACAACACUACAAUGACAACCAACAGUUAAAUAGAAGAAAGAAUGGAGCCACUUCAGGGCUAGAGCAAAUCGAAACAAGACAAAACCAGCCACUAGGAUGAAGAAUGGCUAUUCCACAAGACUGAUAAGUGGCAGUUGAUGCAAUAGAAAUAAUGAUUUGAAUUUUUUUUAAUGUAAAAGGGGGGAGGGGGGGAAUCGACGUUUUUCCUUUGAACCGUUCAGUCCUUUGAAAGGUUUCGAUACGAACUAUUGGUUUGAGGGGUCUAAACCAGAGAAUAGGAUUACUUCUUGACCUCGCAGCAGUUUCACGUGAUACAUACUCUUUGGUCAUUGAGUGUGAAGAACGCACAAUGAUCCCCUAAAAUGUCAUCUCUCUGGCUAAGAGGCCAUCUAAGAGGAAGUAAAUAAAGACUGAACUGAAGGCAACAAUUUUCAAAUAUGCAUAGUGUAAUGGAGGAAAACGAGUAAAUGCUGAAUUGAAAUGUGGAAAAAGUCAAACAACGAAAAAAUGUCCAAACGUUGCAUGGCGUUUUAAACGAAAUUGAUGAAUGUCUAUAAAGAUUGUAAGACAAUUUGGGGGAAGGGGGGGGGGGGCAUCUUUGGAUGUCACUACUAGCGCACACGUGGCCUUGACAGGUAUCGAUGUGCUGUUUAUCAUAGAACGUGCCUAGUAGAGCUAAACAGACGCUUGCGUACAGGUAUCGAUGUGCUGUUUAUCAUAGAACGUGCCUAGUAGAACUAAACAGACGCUUGCGUACAGGUAUCGAUGUGCUGUUUAUCAUAGAACGUGCCUAGUAGAACUAAACAGACGCUUGCGUACAGGUAUCGAUGUGCUGUUUAUCAUAGAACGUGCCUAGUAGAACUAAACAGACGCUUGCGUACAGGUAUCGAUGUGCUGUUUAUCAUAGAACGUGCCUAGUAGAACUAAACAGACGCUUGCGUACAGGUAUCGAUGUGCUGUUUAUCAUAGAACGUGCCUAGUAGAACUAAACAGACGCUUGCGUAGCUAUUAUCUAUCUGAACAAGAGUUUCUUUAUUAAUCGUUUGAAAUCCAAAGGUGAGAACAUUUUAGCUCAUGUUAAGAGCAAAAGUAACAUGUUGAUCAAAGCGACAAUCAUGUUGAGAGCAAAAGUAACAUUUUGACCAUAGCGACCAUCUUGUUAAGAGCAAAUGUAACAUUUUGACCAAAGCAACAAUCAUGUUAAGAGCAAAAGUAGCAUUUUGACCAAAGCGACAAUCAUGUUAAGAGCAAAAGUAGCAAUUUGACCAUAUAUGAAAUCAAAAUGCAGGACAAUUCAUGUUCGCGGCAAAAUUAAAUUUUGACCAAUGUGGCAACCAUGUUGACGGCCAAAGUGGCAAUCGUGUUGCCGGUCAAGCAAAAAUUUUGACAACGGUGGCACUCGUGUUGACGGCAAAGUAAAAUUUUGACCAUAACGGCAAUCAUGUCGACGGUCGAGUAACAAAUGAACAAUACCGUAAUUAUGUUAGUAGGCAAAGUAACAUUGUGAACAAAUAACAACCAUGUUGACGGCCAAGUCACAUUUUGGCCACACUGGUAACCAUGUUGACAGCCUAGUCACAUUUUGGCCACACUGGUAACCAUGUUGACGGCCAAGUCACAUUUUGGCCACACUGGUAACCAUGUCGACGGCCUAGUCACAUUUUGGCCACACUGGUAACCAUGUUGACGGCCAAGUCACAUUUUGGCCACACUGGUAACCAUGUUGACGGCCAAGUCACAUUUUGGCCACACUGUUAACCAUGUUGACGGUCGAGUAAAAUUUUGGGCGACAGUGGCAAUCAUUUCGACGGCCGAGUAACAUUUUCACCAUUACGGCAAUUGUGCUGACGGUGGAGUAGCAUUUGACCAUUACGGCAAUCAUGCUGACGGCCGAGUAGCAUUUUCACCAUUACGGCAAUCGUGCUGACGGUGGAGUAGCAUUUGACCAUUACGGCAAUCAUGUCGACGGCCGAGUCACAUUUUCACCAUUACGGCAAUCGUGCUGACGGUGGAGUAGCAUUUGACCAUUACGGCAAUCAUGCUGACGGCCGAGUAGCAUUUUCACCAUUACGGCAAUCGUGCUGACGGUGGAGUAGCAUUUGACCAUUACGGCAAUCAUGCUGACGGCCGAGUAGCAUUUUGACCAUUACGGCAAUCGUGCUGACGGCCGAGUAGCAUUUUCAACAUUACGGCAAUCGUGCUGACGGUCGAGUAGCAUUUUCACAAUUACGGCAAUCGUGCUGACGGUCGAGUAGCAUUUGACCAUUACGCCGAUCGUGCUAACAGGGGAGUAGCAUUUUGACCAUUACGCCAAUCAUGCUGACGAUCGAGUAGCAUUUUCACCAUUACGGCAAUCGUGCUGACGGCCGAGUAACAUUUGUCCAUUACGGCAAUCGUGCUGACGGCCGAGUAAAAUUUUGACCAUUACGGCAAUCGUGCUUACCGCCGAGUAACAUUUUGACCAUUACGGCAAUCGUGCUGACCGCCGAGUAACAUCUUGACCAUUACGGCAAUCUUGCUGACGGCCGAGUAACAUUUUGACCAUUACGGCAAUCGUGCUGACGGCCGAGUAACAUUUUNCAUUUGACCAUUACGCCGAUCGUGCUAACAGGGGAGUAGCAUUUUGACCAUUACGCCAAUCAUGCUGACGAUCGAGUAGCAUUUUCACCAUUUCGGCAAUCGUGCUGACGGCCGAGUAACAUUUUCCCAUUUCGGCAAACGUGCUGACGGGCGAGUAAAAUUUUGACCAUUACGGCAAUCGUGCUGACCGCCGAGUAACAUUUUGACCAUUACGGCAAUCGUGCUGACGGCCGAGUAACAUUUUGACCAUUACGGCAAUCGUGCUGACGGCCGAGUAACAUUUUGACCAUUGCGACAAUCGUGCUGACGGCCGAGUAACACCAUGACCGUAGCAGCAGCCAUGUUGACAGCCGAGUAACACCAUGACCAUAGCUGCAAUCAUGUUGGCGGCCAAGGACAGCACCCACCACCCGCCCAGCGUUAAUCGAUAAGUUAACUCAUGACUUAUUGAAGAGAUAUGAGCCGGGACGAGAGAGGGUGAGCGCUUGCGAGUACGGACAAAGAAAACUGAUGCCAUUAUGCUGACACUGUGUCAGUCAGACCGGGACACCGUGACACUGGCGAGUAGGACAAAGUAUCUUUGCUCCGUUGGCUGUGUGGUUUCAUGUGACUUGCAGGCGGUUGCUGUCUUAUUAUAUAGCAUGAUAGGCUUAUGACUUGGAGAUUAAAGUUUAAAGAUUACAAUCUACUGCUUUUGUCUUUCAAUAAAUAUUACUACAUCUCAAUCGUCUGAAUUCCAGAUUACUUUAUGAAUGGCCAUCGUCUUAUAUCUAAGUUAAAGAAUACUAAAUCCCCUUUGUUUGACGAUAAAGUUUACAGUGUGACUAUUGUCUUUAAUUUUGGACUUAGUGAUAGAGAUGCGCAGUGGCGUAGCCAAGGUUAGUGUCACCAGGGUCAGGACCAGAUAUUGCCGCCCCUAUGCCACGAUAAAAAACUCUGCAGUUAGCCAAAAAUGCCGCCUCUAAUGCCCUCAAUAUAAGAGAGACAAAGUGUUACCCGGUAUAGGGUAUGAGGUUGGGGAGGGGGGGGGAUUCAAUCAGUUGACGAAUUAUAAUAUUCAACCUUACCAUGAGUUGAUUUACUGCUGGAUGAACUAUUCACUUCUAUAAAGAGAUCUGUCCCGAUGGCUUAAACUUAAAGCCUUAUGAACAACCCCAUUCUUGUGCUACGGUUCGUACAUAUCAACAACCCCAUGAUUGUGUAUCAUAGAGUUACAAUUCCUGUAAGCAGCCAACAUAAUGUUGUAUUGAUCGUUAUAUUAUAAUAAUAAAUGAUGCAGUUGUUUUGGGGAAAUGAUUCGCCCAUCUUGUUUCACAAUAUAUCUCCCGUUUUUAGACUUUGAAAUUGGAAAUGGUCCGCCCAUCUAUUUUACACAGUGCAUUAUGUCUCCCGUUUUUAGACUUUGAAAUUGGAAAUGAUCCGCCCAUCUAUUUUACACAGUGCAUUAUGUCUCCCGUUUUUAGACUGUGAAAUUGGAAAUGGUUCGCCCAUCUGUUUCAAACAGUGCAUUAUAAUGAUAUAUCCCGUUAGACUGUGAAAUUAUAAUUGUUCGUCCAUCUGUUUGGAAAUGGUUCGCCCAUCUGUUUCGCACAGUGCAUUAUAAUGAUAUAUCCCGUUAGACUGUGAAAUUAUAAUUGUUCGUCCAUCUGUUUGGAAAUGGUUCGCCCAUCUGUUUCGCACAGUGCAUUAUAUCUCCCGCCAGACUGUGACAUUGGAAAUGAUUCGCCCAUCUGUUCCACACAGCACAUUAAAUCUACCAAUAGACUGUGACGGCGGAAACCAUUCGCCCAUCUGUUCCACACAGCACAUUAAAUCUACCAAUAGACUGUGACGGCGGAAACCAUUCGCCCAUCUGUUCCACACAGCACAUUAAAUCUACCAAUAGACUGUGACGGCGGAAACCAUUCACCCAUCUGUUCCACACAGCACAUUAAAUCUACAAAUAGACUGUGACGGCGGAAACCAUUCGCCCAUCUGUUCCACACAGCACAUUAAAUCUACCAAUAGACUGUGACGGCGGAAACCAUUCGCCCAUCUGUUCCACACAGCAAAUUAAAUCUACCAAUAGACUGUGACGGCGGAAACCAUUCGCCCAUCUGUUUCACACAGUGCAUUAUACACGUAGAUCUCCCAAUAGACUGACAUUGUGUGCUCUACCUACCACCAGGACAACCGGGCUUAGUUAAAUGCAGGUGACGCCUCUCCCAUGUAAUCCUUCGUUACCUUCUAACACAGAGAGUCUCAUCUCAGUGACAUGACAGAACCUCAACAGCUUCAUCUUUUGACGUUGAAUUUUCCUGUCUCGCCAUUAGCAUUGUGUACUAUAAUUAUAAUCACUGACUAGAGCAAGCAGUCCCUGUAACUUUAACUGUGCAAGCCUUUUUACAUACCUACUGACAGAGGUCACCUAAUCUUUGGCAGGAACAGGCAACCUACUGUCAGUGGUCCCACAAUCUUUGGCGUGAACAGCCAACACCGAAUGUAAUGUUAGAGUUCUGUGUGAAACGUAUCCACAGAAGUACUAUAGAUAUUAAACACAUUUACUGUCAACGGCCGUAUUGGACUAAUCAAAGAAAUACGUUUGCAGUGUGGGACUAAGAUUGCAGGACACCAGCUUCAUUCUUCGCAAGUUUUAUAAUUCCCUUACAGAUUUAGCGUAGCCCUUUAAAAUGUACCCAUGUAAUGAAAAAUUUAGAUUCCCCACUGCCGUCUGCCCCUUCCACACACACACGACCGCGGACUCAGUGACCUCAUAAAACCUUCCCUUAAACUUAAAGGAUGCAUAUCUUAAUCUAUUAUCUCCCGUUUUCCUUUCUGUCUGUGUUGAAGCAGACAUUCACUGAGAUGCCAUCAUACUGUCUGUGUUGAAGCAGACAUAGACUAAAGUUGCGGACGGUCGAGUUGGAUACAUCUUCAACUAACACAGUUCCAUCUAAUCCAGACCCACUAAAGCAAGACUGUUUUUACUACAGUUUUCGUCGUGUGGAAAUAUACCUGCAAUGUGUCAUCGUUACCAUUUUUGGGGCUUUAGGAACAUUUUAUAGGACAUCACUGUGUAGUGCGAACCUUAGUCGUGUGCUAGCUACAAGUGUUCAUCCGCAGUAGUGAACACUUACAGUGGUUCGCUAUCCGAACGGUAAGUUGUCAUGAGUGGCGUGUGGUGACUUUUCUCAUAGAGAACAACGAUUGGUGAACACAUUUCCAUAUUGGGUUAACCAGCAACACAUAACGUGCAACAUGACACUUAGCAAUGCCACCUGGUCAAUUUACACAUCUCUUACACCACAUGACGUUCAAAGUGUCACUUAGCAAUGUCACCUGGUCAAUUUACACAUCUCUUACACCACAUGACCUUUCAAAGUGUCACUUAGCAAUGUCAACUGGUCCAUUUACACAUCUCUUACACCACAUGACCUUUCAAAGUGUCACUUAGCAAUGUCAACUGGUCAAAUUACACAUCUCUUACACCACAUGACGUUCAAAGUGUCCCUUAGCAAUGUCACUUGGUCAGUUUACACAUCUCUUACACCACAUGACGUUCAAAGUGUCACUUAGCAAUGUCAACUGGUCAAUUUACACAUCUCUUACACCACAUGACGUUCAAAGUGUCCCUUAGCAAUGUCAACUGGUCAAUUUACACAUCUCUUACACCACAUGACGUUCAAAGUGUCACUUAGCAAUCUCACUUGGUCAAUUUACACAUCUCUUACACCACAUGACGUUCAAAGUGUCCCUUAGCAAUGUCACCUGGGCAAUUUACACAUCUCUGAGCUGAGUUGAUUUACUUUAGAAAUGGGUUCAAUAAAUAUAUAAUACACCAAAAAUCAAAUUAAAAAGUUUAAGAAUGAAAAAAAAAAAAUUAAAAAACCAACGGUGUAUCAGACCAAGUUAGCCAAUAAACAAGACCUUUGCAGCGGUUUGGCUUCAACAUGUCAACAUCAGCUUCUCAUUAUCUGAAUUCGGUUUCAUUCUUUAAACAAAAACGUUACAGGGGUGUGUGGGGGGGGGGGAGAUAUUUUAAAAAAUCAAUUUGCAUAAAUGGUUGUUUUGUUCAGUAAUACCGGUUUGUCAGUAGUUUUUAUGAAUAGCACAUCCCUUGAAACCCUAUAGAGGGCGUCCAUUGAUUACGCCAACAACAUAGGGGUGAGGGGGUUUGGAAAUGUUUGACAGUUGUUGACGAUGAGGAGGGGGGGGGUUUAGAUAAGUUGACGUCAACAAUCACGUUUUCUCUAUUAAAAUUUUAAUCUUAAAAAUUGAAUGGUUAAUUUUUAGGCUUUUAACAAUAUAAGAUUGUUUUAAUGUUUGUCAGUCUAUACACUGUAGAUGGCUGGUCAGAUAGUUAGCACACUUUGUUAGUGCAAGAGAAGUUAAAAGUUGGCCUCUCUUCACCUGUAGAUUCUAUUUGUCGCAAAUGACUAGGGCGGUAUGUUUGCGAUCAUGUUGCAGGUAUGGAACAAGGACAAGGUUCACGUGUCAUGUGCGGUCAAGAUAAAUGGUACUGAUGGAGUAGGAAAACGAUAUUUUGAGAAUUAUGGGAAAGUAAAGUGAGUAACAAUAAUAGCAUCGCUGCUUGAACGGAUUUUCGAAAUCUGUAGCAUCUAUUUUUCAUCACAAGUCAUGUUGAAAAAGCAUGUUCAACAGCACUGACAAUGCCUCUUGAGCAUAAGAAAUUAGCACCUGCUCCUCAACAAACAAAAAAAAAGGAUUCGACCAAUGCGAGUAGCUGCGAGGAGAUAGAGAGAGCUUAUGGCAAUUAUUGCUCACACCUGACAACGCUUCUAUUUUAUUAUUAUUAUUAUUACAGUGGUCUUAUAUAGCGCGGCACCUCAGCCUAGGGCUGGGCUCACCACGCUGCACAUAAAUUUAGCAAACAUAAUCAUGACAUUAAAAAAAUAGCACUCUUUUAUUAUUUAGAAAAACUACUGUAUAAAAACAAAAUAAAAACAAAUACAUAUUCGCUCCACCCAUUCCAGAACUGUUUGCAUGUCAAACCACUUGAAGUGCUGAAUGGUUAGAUGAGGAUGAUGUUGACUUGCCUGGUUUAUCAGUUCCGCAAGAUGAAAAUGAUAAUUCAGCUACUAUAGACUAUGCCCAUAGGGGAGUCAUUCCAGCGUUUUUUAAGGGGGGUAGGGAGCAAAAACCAAAACUUAGUCGGCUUGUUGUUUAUUACUAAAGGCGCCACAGUACACAGCAAUUUAAAUAAAACCUGCAAAUUCAGGGAGGGGGUGGGGGAAAUGCCCCCCGCCCUACCCAAAUGAUGUCCCUGAUGAAAAUGCAUGUAUAUAUUUAUUUAUAUUAUAAUUUUUUUUUUCGGGGGGUAGAAAAUGUUGCAUUGGUUAAGUGGGGGGGGGGGGGGGGGCGGGGGUGUGUGUGUCAAAAAUUGCGUAAAAUUUUUUAACGUAAUCAAUGGACGACCCCAUAUAGGUUUUUAAAUGGGAUAAUUUAAAAUAAUAUUAGUGACGCAACCCGUUUAAAACUCAAAGGAACACUAACAGUUUUAGGUGCACACAUCACUAGUUGAUAAUAUGGAUGAAGUACACAAAAUAUGAAGAAUAACUAACGAACUGCUGAGCUGACGGCGAAUAGGGAAUAGGCUCUUUAAAAAUGUAGUACAAAAAUCUUUGUUUUGCUUCCCAACAAUCCUUAUUGCCUGCCAGGUGAAGGCCACCGAGCCCUAUAACCGGUCAGGUGAAGGCCACCGAGCCCUAUUGCCUGUCGGGUGAACGCCACGGACCAACUUUAUGAAUAUUUUUGUAGCAUAAAACCAUCUUAAACCACGUGGAUCUCAGUAAUGUGUCUAUCGCCUUUUAACAUAGACAAGUUUUGCAAGUAUACAAGGCGACUCUUCAUUGCAUCAAAUGAUCAUUUAAACACGGAACAUUUGAACAUUUGUGGUAUAUAUGAUUUCACAGAAGUACCACCACCUUUAAUUAACUAUAUCUCGUUUGCUAUCCUCAGAAAUGUCUAGAGACGCAGAGCAGCCAAUGAGGUGAACAACAAGGAAUCGAUGAAAUUGUUCAAGAAGUCGACAGCCUUAAAGCAGGAGAGAAUAUGAAUUCAAGACACAAGUGAAGACCCGAUUACAGAUGGAUCUCAAGAGUGGAUUAUAUCGAGUGCUUGGGCCGAUUUUGCUAGGGGCAUGGAUACAUAACAGCCCCGAGCGUCAUAACAGCACCAGCGAGCCACUUCACCAAUGCACAAUGUAAUCACCAACCAGCUACCGUAAACCUGCCCGGUCAACCCUUUCAACCAAACAACAAUGCGCGCUUGCUGGCUGUCAUGACGCCGCCUCUGGCCUGCCUAGUCCUGGUCGUGAUGGCAGGGGCGUCGAGGACCGUGUCUCCUCCACCUGUUUGGCCCUUUAACUCCGACGCUGGACUGGUUGAUGAUGAAGGUAGCGUAAGAUCCAACCAAGAUGGCGAGGAAAUAGGUGGUUAUGCAGUCCAUGUUUGUCCUAAGUUGUGCGUCUGCUACGAGCGGGCCUAUCUCCGUACAAAUAUCGCCAAGCAACUGACCACAGUCAACUGCUCCGACCGUGGGCUACUUGACUUUCCCGGGGAGCUCCCGAAUAAAACGGAAGUGUUUGACCUAUCCCACAACAAGCUACAGAACAUGUCUUCUCUUCCGUAUCUGCCCGAGCUCAGGGUACUGGAUCUAUCCAAUAACUGGAUCAGACAGCUGGAUAACCACUGGCUUUUCGAACAUGUGUCAAAGCUCAGGAUCCUCAGGUGGGUGUAGAUUUUCAUAAUCAAUGUUUAAUUUCAUUUAGGACACUACUACAAUUUAAACAAAUGGAAAUCAAUUUUAUACCGCCAUGGGAAGUAAACGUGCCAUAGACAAGUUCUAAGCUGGCAUAGAUUAAAGCAGAAUACAAAGAAAAAGUCCCCAAGUUGCAGUUACCGGUAGAUGAAAUGUUGGAUUUUAUUGACGCCCUAUGUGUCCUUGUUUAUCUCUUGUGCCCCCAUCAACUAAAAGAUGCAGAGAAUAUUGAACAAAUAACUGAACUUCAUGGGCUCGCUUAAAAUCACAUCUUGAUCAGGCUGAGAAAUUCAUUCUCAGUUAUAAUUGUUCAUGUGCACGAACAAAGACACUAGGUUGCCGUGUAAAACUAGAUACACUUGGUACCAUUUCAGUCGGAAUAGACAGCGUUAGACUAAUAAUUGUACAAUUUUGUUACAUUGUUAGAAUGAAAAGUUCUUAAACUGGGCUCUUCUACCAUAAAGAAGCCAUAAAGGCCUUUUUCUAGAAGUUCUUUCGGGCAUUUUGGGGGUAGGGGUUUACUAAGGGAGUUAAAGUUUACGUAUUGUUGAUCAAUAAGAUAUUUCUACAUCGUCUUUAACACGGUGAAUUGGAGAGAUAGUAUUUUUUUACUAUUUUGCGUAGCUUUGCCCUGGUAGCAAUGGGAUCUUAGCCGAAAACAAACUGAUACAUGAAAUAACUACAAGUUAAAAGAGAUCAAAAGCUACACGCCAGCUCAGUCAGAAAGAAAGAAAGAAAGAAAGAAACUGCGAAACAAAAUCUAAGGAUUUUAAAUGGCGCACGAUUCUUUCCCGCACAAAGUCCAAGGCAGGAAUAACUUGACAUUGUCAGUCAUUCCAUUCAGUUUAAAAAUGUGAAAUAACGAUGCGUGGAUUAGUAUAUAUAACAGCAAACUCUGUCUCCAAGAAACACGCAUUGAAAGCAGACCAAGAAUCAACUAUGUGUUACAACACAUCGCUAAAGAAAAAGGUAUAAAAUAUUACCCCUUGGGAACACUACGUCCGUUGUAAACCUGUUGUCAUGUAUGAAGGUGAUGUCUCUUGAAAACAAUAAUGUGAUUGUGUCCCUUGAUAACAUUAUUGACUAUUGUAAAGUAUGGAUAAAAUUGUCUUGAUCGUGUUUUACGUGUUUUCUACAGCCUCGCUGACAAUGCUCUGACAGUUCUUCAACACGGGACUUUCAGUGGACUGAGUGACCUAAGAGAGCUGGACAUGUCUAGGAACAUCAUCAAGAGGCUAGAGUUGCAUUCUUUCUCUGGGCUCACUAACUUGGAGGUAAAUUGGCCAACUUCAACUUGUACUGGAAGUCUAAUUUAAGCAAUGGAUUUACAAAUAACGACUAGUUUUAAUGACGAUUAAUUUCACUCAUUGUCAUUACUGACUUAACAAUUUGAAAGCAAACAGCGUAAUGAUACGUGUCGAACUGACAUUCUUGACGUAGUUUAAGACAUUGGGAAUUGUUGCAUCUAAUAUGACUCGAUCUUCUUCAGGUUCUGCGGCUUGAUAGGAAUCAGCUGUACCAAGUGAAGAGAGAGUGGUUCCUACCGUUAACUUCUCUACAGAGUUUGUACAUGAGCAAUAACUUUGUGUCCACGCUAGACAAGGACAUGUUUGAUAAACUCGGCCGUCUGCAGCAGCUCGAUCUUUCUCUGAAUGCCCUACAGGAGGUCAAGGACGGCAGUUUCACGGGCUUAGUGCGUCUCAAAAUGCUGAACCUCACUGGAAAUUCGAACCUACGGGAAGUUCCCAGCGCAGCUUUGAAGUCCUUGACGGCUUUGAAUAUCUUACUUCUGGACGGGAUUUCAGUCCAAAGGCUGCAGCCAUUCUGUGUCACUAGCCUUGCUGUGGUAGAGAUGUCACUCAGUUACCUUCCAAAACUCAGGGUUGUAGAGCAAUCAGCUUUUCACAACUUGAGUAAUUUGAUGACAUUACAGCUCCAUGACAACCCCCGCCUCAUCUAUUUACACCCGUCAGCAUUCUCAUCGUUACCCCACCUGCGGCAUCUGCUGCUCCACAACAACGGUCUGGUGGCUGUGCCUGGCCAGAUCAUGACAUCACUUCCGUCACUCACAGACCUUCACCUUCACCACAACCCAUUUCACUGCGACUGUAACAUCUACUGGCUUCGGAAAGAGCUAAGCUUCGAAUACCAUUUCAACUAUAAAUCCAACAAUCUGACGGGCCAGAAGCCCCAAUCUACACCAACUUCUAGCAUUACCAGUGACACGUCCACACUGCCGUACACAACAUUCGCUCCACCAACUUCCACCAGCAUUACGGGCCCAUUCAUCAGCGAACCGGAUAGGGUGUCCUGCUUUUUCCCAGCAGGAAGUUCCAGCAUGUCUCUAGUCCAACUACCUAUGCAGUACUUCUCUGAAACAUGUCCGCCCACCGCAAUAGCGUUGUUCUCUGCACUAGUUAACGUCAGCGUCGGAGAAGAACUUUGGCUCGAGUGCCAAGGACUUGGGGUUCCAGUCCCUUUAGUAUCGUGGGUUCUUCCAGACGGUCGGGAGCUGAACGCUUCUUCUACGAUGUCAGAACAAGACACCGAUACGGUGAAGGUGAUCGGUGACACAUUACUCCACAUUCAAUCUGUGACUACAUCGGACGGUGGUACCUACGGGUGUCACGUGGUCAACUCUCUGGGCCAGGAUUUUAGAACGACUCUUGUUAGGGUUCAAAAUAAGCCAUUGACACUCUCUGAUGUUAAGGUCGGUAAUGACUACAUCACAGUAGCUUGGAAGGGUUCUAUCCCACGCAUUCAAAUGUCAGAAUUCCAGCUUCGUUAUAAAGAAGUGGCGUUGGACACGAACAAAGACAUGACCAACCAAGAAGAUGGGCCGAAGAGUCAAUCCCGUGGUUUUGAUGUCAUCAAUCUGCAUGGUUCCAUCCACAAAUGCACGAUCACAGGGCUGAAGCCCCUGACCACGUACGAGGUGUGCCUCAUGUACAAACAAAUCCACCGCGUUCAGUGCAACAACUACACCACUAGCCAGGACGUCCAGGUGAUGAAGGCCGAUGGAAUUGUGCGGAUCAGCAAGACACAGCUGGGUGUAGGGCUGGCUGCAGCGCUGGGCGUCGUCCUUUUAGCGGUGGUCACCUUGCUGGUCAGGAAAGUGCGACAUCGCAAAGACUACAAAGAUCCCCUAGCAGACGAGGAGAAGGCUAGUAUCCCCCUGGAAGCGAUGGCUCCAACAGCACCAAGUACUCCCCUGACAUCGUCACGUACUGCGCUCCUAACACACUCUCAAAUAUAGAUAGCAAACCUUAUUGUUUCAUCAUUGUGUGUGUCACAGGGCACUUGAUCAAUCUAAAAAAAAUACAGACCUGGUAUCUCUCCUCCUUGUAAUAGUUAUAAAUAAUCAAUACAAUCAUUAAGUUUGUGCAUUUCCAUCAUCAAACCCCUACUCAUGGAAAAAGAGGAUCAAUAUGAAACACCCAAUAAAGCACUCCAUAAGUUCAAGCCAUUCUAAUUGGACUUAAAAAUAUUGCAGUACAAGACAUUUUAUGUAUGUUCAGAUUUUCUUCUUCUUCUUAUUUCAAAGGUGAAGUCGUUACUAUGAAUUUUCUUAAGUGCUGAAGAAAGAAAAAAAAAAGUUGGGGCGGGCGGAAGUGUGAAAGAAUACAAAACUAAACAACGAACCCGUUGUGUGUCAAAAAGCUUUCUUUAGAACAGUGC